UCAGGGGAAAGAGAAAAAUUGAGCCGCUCAAUAUCCUGAGUCCUGACCAUCAUCGCCGCCUCCACUCCGCCGUUUCCCGCCCAAAUCCCCGCCGCCGCCCAAAUGUCGUCGUCGGAGAAGAAGAAGAAGGAGGAUGAAGCCCAGGUGGGUGCGCUUGCGGGCUUCCUCCAAGACUCCUACUCCGACAACAUUCACAGCAUCCUCCUCGACGACGACCCAUCGAAGCUCCAUUUCCCGCUCGUUAUUGAAUUCGCGGAGCUUAUGGACUUCGACCCCAAGUUCGCCGGGAAACUCUACUCCUAUCCCGACAAGUACCUCUCCUUACUCGACAAGGCCGCUCGAUGUGUGAAGGGUGAUAUGAUCGAGGAAUUGGGUGAUUUGAAACACGCAGCAUCGAAGAAGUUAGUGCACGUACGUAUCGACGUCUCUGGAUCACCGCUAGAAUUCCCUGAGGCGUCCCCGAGUAUUGGAAAGGUGAGGGCGAAUCACAUGAAGAAAUUGAUUACCCUGAAGGGAACUGUGAUCAGAUCGGGUGGCGUCAAGAUGAUUGAGCGAGAGAGGUAUUACAUGUGCAAGAAGUGUCAGCACAGAUUCCUGCUUUAUCCUGAGCUGGAGGCUGGGAAUCGUAUAAACCUUCCUGCAUUGUGUCCAUCGGAGAGUUCAAGAGGAUGUGGAAGUGCUUCUUUCCAGUUCAUAGAAGGUACUACCGUCUGCCGUGAUUACCAAGAAAUCAAAAUUCAAGAAAAUGUACAACUUCUGGGUGUUGGAUCUAUACCCCGUUCGAUGCCUGUAAUUUUGAUGGAUGACCUUGUCGAUAACAUUAAAGCUGGAGAUGAUGUCAUUAUUACGGGUAUAUUAUCUGCCAAAUGGUCUCCUGAUAUUAAGGAUGUGCGAUCCAAUCUUGAUCCUAUGCUGCUUGCCAAUUAUGUGAGGAGAACAAAUGAGCUGAAAUCUGAUAUAGACAUUCCUGCGGAAACUGAAGAGGAGUUUAAGCAUUUCUGGAAAAAAUACAGGCUUACUCCACUAAAAGGAAGAAACUUUAUCUUGGAAGGCAUCUGUCCUCAAAUUUUUGGGCUAUUCACUGUAAAGCUUGCAGUUGCUCUUACAUUAAUUGGUGGAGUGCAGCAUGUUGAUGCUUCUGGAACAAAGGUUCGUGGAGAACCCCAUAUGCUUCUUGUUGGUGAUCCAGGUACUGGUAAAUCUCAGUUUUUAAAGUUUGCUGCUAAAUUGAGCAGCCGCUCUGUGAUCACAACUGGCCUUGGAAGCACCAGUGCUGGUUUAACUGUUACAGCUGUCAAGGAUGGAGGAGAGUGGAUGCUUGAGGCUGGUGCUCUUGUUCUGGCUGAUGGUGGUUUAUGCUGCAUUGAUGAAUUCGACAGCAUGCGAGAGCACGACAGAACAACAAUACAUGAAGCCAUGGAGCAACAGACAAUAAGUAUUGCAAAGGCUGGAUUAGUCACAACACUCAGUUCAAGGACUACUGUCUUUGGUGCCACGAAUCCAAAAGGGCAAUAUGACCCUGAUGAAAGCUUAUCUGUGAAUACAACACUUUCAGGACCACUGUUGAGUAGAUUUGAUAUAGUUCUUGUUCUCUUGGAUACACAAAAUUCUGAUUGGGAUAAAAUAGUUUCAUCUCAUAUAUUGAAGGAGAAUUUUGAUGAAAAGAAAGACAAGACAAAUGCUUCUGAUGUAAAAUGGACGCUCCCCAAGUUGAGAAGGUGGAGACCCUUGAUGUACAUCAAUUAUGUAAAGCGGUUUAAACCAGUUUUGACAAAGGAGGCAGAAAGAGUUAUCUCGAGCUAUUAUCAGCUUCAGAGAAGAUCAGGAACACAUAAUGCAGCAAGAACAACGGUACGCAUGCUUGAAAGUUUGAUAAGGCUUGCACAAGCACAUGCAAGGCUAAUGUUCAGAAAUGAGGUUGAACAACUAGACGCCAUUGCUGCCAUAUUGUGCAUUGAAUCCUCCACGACAACAUCUCCAAUAGUGGACAUUGUUGGAAAUGCUCUGCACUCAAAUUUUACAGAUAACCCUGACGAAGAAUAUAAAACACAGGAGAAGGAGAUCCUUAAGAAGCUUGGACUAAUUGAAGGUUCCCCAUAAUUCAGUACAAAUCAUCAGCUGCUGCAUCCUGUGCUAUUCUGCACGAUGAAUCAGUGAUAUGCUAAGUGGGUUGCCUAUAUUCGAAGCUUGUGGAUCAUCUAAAAGACUUGGAAAAACUGCUUCUGAAAUUCUAGAAGGGCCGGAAACUGAAGCAUGAUGUUCUUGCGUUCCUACCUUGCCUAGUUGAUGCUUCACCAUUCACUGGUUUAUAUGUGACUGUGAGAUUCAAUUACUUGCUAUUGAGUUUAUGUCCGAUCGACUUCAUAUGCAGGGUCUUGGUUGGAUGAAGUCUUGCAGUUCACGGUGUAUAUACUUAUGGGCUUCGUAACGUGUGCCAAUUUUCUUUUUGCAGUUCAUGUUUGGAUGGGUUCUACCUUUACAGGCUCAUGGUUGGGUGGGCUUUAUAACAUUUGCGGUUCAUGGUGUAUAUACUUCACAUACAAUAUUGCAAUCUGUAUCAGAUAUGCUAUGUAGCGUGUAGCAUUUAUUUUCUGCUACUCAGGACUAUACCUCAUGACAUCUACAGUAUCUGUUUAAAUUGAAAUAAGGAACUCACUGAAUGAGUU